AUGAGUGUUAAUAGUCGGAAAUCAUCCACGCGUGAGCACCUGCGUGAAAACGCCCCGCUUUGCCCCUUCCCCUCCCGUGUCAAGUCCCGCCCGCCCUGCUCCGAUCACCCCAAAAUCACAUUCCUCUUCCAAACCAUCACCCAUCUCCCAUUCUCCCCUCUUUGGGAACGCUUCUAAACCCCCAAAACCCAUUUCUCUAUCUACGUCCAUGCCGACCCGAGAUUCCCAUAUGACCCACCGUUUUCCGGCAUCUUCGUCCACCGAGUCAUCCCCUCCCGACCCGCCCAGCGAUUCACCUCCACUCUCAUCUCCGCGACCCAUCAUUUGCUCGCCCACACGCUCCUCGAUGACCCCAAGAAUUCCAUGUUCAUGAUUCUCUUUCCUUCCUGCAUCCCCAUCCGAUCCUUCAACUUCACAUACCAAACCCUCAUCCGAUUGAAGAAGAGCUUCAUCGAGACUCUGGAUAAUGAGAUCAGGGCGUACGAUAGGUGGGCGGCGUGUGGGGAGGACGCGAUGCUGCCGCAGAUGAAGCUGGAGGAGUUUCAGAUUGGGUCCCAAUUUUGAAUCCUGAAGCGGAAGCACGCGAGGAUGGUUGUGGGUGACCACCGGUUCUGGUCCAAGUUCAAGCUACCGUGCCAACGUUGGGACAUGUGUUACCCAGAGGAAAAUUAUUUUCCUACCCUCAUGAACAUGAGAGACCCAGGUUGGUGCGUGCUCGCUACCCUCACUCAUGUGGACUGGCGCGGGAGAUUCGAUGGCCACCCCCGCACAUAUGAGGCUUCCAAGGUAAGGCCUGAUUUGAUCACCGCCCUGAGAAAUGACAGGCUGAAGUAUGGUGACGAGAAGGAGAGCGGCAAUGGCUCUGAUUGGUCUGUGGUGGAAAGGUGGGAUCCAUUUCUAUUUGCGAGGAAGUUCCCGCCGGAUGCAAUUGGAUCGUUGAUGAGUAUAGCUAAUGAUGUCAUCUUCAAGGAUUAAGAUGCGAUGACAUAUUUAGGAUUUUUUUUUUUUUUUUUUUUUUUUUGUAAUUUACAAAUGAAAUUAUUAACAAAAAGAAAGAAAAAAAAAUGAAACCGGGACAAACCCGGUGGGUUUGAGGAGCAAAAUGUAUAUAUUUUUCAUU